AAGGAGUUUCUUGAUAACAUUUUUUUGGAUGUUGUAGUGGCAUUUUUCCUUAUGGCAACACUGUUUACUAGGAACAACUGUUUUUUGUUCUGUCAAUACAGUCAAAAAAUAAACAGCAAAAAUUAGCGAUAAGAAAAUAAAAUUUCGGAGGUGAACAGUUGUCUUCCUUGAAAUAAAAAUGAAUGCGAUGGAGAAAAGUUUCGAAAAAAUAUUGGAAGAAAUAGAGUCUGCACCAGGAGUUACUGGUUGUAUUAUCACAGACCAUUCAGGUCUUGCUUUGGGAACAAGAGGUAAACCUGUGAACCUCAAACCCGGUAUUAUAGCGGCCAUAGCUGAACAAGCUUCAAAAAUAGAGUCACAUGGCAAGACACCUACUAUCCACUUUGAAAAUGACUCCCAUUCCUUCACAAUACAAAGAUCAGGAACAGUGACGUGUGCUGUAUAUAGGAGCUUGGGCAAAGCAAUUGAUAUUUCAUAGAUAUAUUUUAGAAUUAGUUUCAAACAAUAGUGAGAAUUUCCCCAGAUAUACUUUUCAAAUUUGUUCAUAUAAUACCGGAGACACCCUUAAGAAAAGGCAACAAUUCAUUUUAUACAAAUAAAGGUGGCAAAAUAGUA